AUGUCGCACGGCAAACAAUUGACCCUCUACACCCACGCUGGAGGCCCCAACGGCUGGAAGGUCGUCAACGUUCUCGAGGAGCUCGGGUUGACCUACGAACCCAUCUACCUCGACUUCGGCAAGAACGAGCAGAAAGCCCCGGAAUACACCAAGUACAACCCGAACGGCCGCAUCCCUACGAUCAUCGACCAUAAGAAUGGGGACUUCGUUCUCUGGGAGUCCGACGCUAUUCUCCUCUACCUCACCGACAAGUAUGAUACUGAGAAGCGGCUCACCGUCACCGACGAGAAGGAGAAGUACUCCCUCAUCCAGUGGCUCUUCUUCCAGUCCUCCGGCCAGGGCCCGUACUUCGGCCAGGCGGCAUGGUUCCUGCGCUACCACCCCGAACAGGUUCCGAGCGCAAUCGAGAGGUACCGCAAGGAGACUCUUCGUGUCAUCUCCGUGCUCGAGUCGGUUUUGUCCAAGCAGGAGUGGCUCGUGGGCGGGAAGCCCACCAUCGCCGACUUCUCUUUCAUCACCUGGACCAAUGUCGCGCUCGGGUUCACCCUCAAGGACUACGCGGACGUUGAGAAGGACUAUCCGGCGUUCUUCGCGUGGCACCAGAAGCUGGUGUCUCGCGACAGCGUCAAGAAGGCUCUCGCCACCCAAGCUGCCUUGAACCAGUGA